UUUUAUUUAAAAGCGCUAUAAUGAAUAAAUGUUUCCAAUUUUUUAUUAAUAAAUAAUGAGUACUAAUAGUUUUAAUACUCAAAGGUUUUAAUAAUGUCGAAACUACGUCACCUGUUUAAUACAUCGUACUGCCGGUAUAGUAUCCAGCAAGCAAAGAAAAAGUUGCCCAUAAUAUCUUGCAAACGACCCGAGUUUAAUCAUUACGAGGGCCAAACGUAUAGUAAAUUCGAUGGAAUUAAAUUAGCGUCCAAAGGUUGGAUGAGUGCUAAAUCAAAGAAUGAUUAUUUUACUAUCUACUAUGAUGUUAAUAAAAAGGAACAACAACCAGUAUACAGAAAGAGUUUCGAAGAAAUCGGCAUUUGUAAUGAGCUAAGUGAGAUUAUGUUGGCUCAAGGAUUUGAAUUACCAACUUUAAUACAGACAAAAGCCAUUCCAUCUAUUCUUCAAGGAUAUAAUUCAGUGAUAACAGCGGAAACCGGUUGUGGAAAAACACUGGGUUACUUGUUGCCGAUUUUCCAGCAUAUUUUAGAAUGGAAACCUCAUAUGAAGGAGGAAUUCAACAGUCCUCUAGCUGUUGUAUUAACUCCUAGUAGAGAAUUAGCAAGUCAAAUAGGCCAGGUUGCGGAGAGCAUAGCACAGAACAUCAAUAUCAAUGUCACAACUUUAAUCGGAGGAAAAACUAAGCAAAAAAUACUGAAUCCUCCAAUAGAGUACUCUGACAUCUUGGUCACAACUCUGGGUGCAUACAGCAAGUUGGUAACAACUGGUAUUUACAAGGUGCAUAAUGUACAUCAUGUGGUACUUGAUGAAGCAGACACAUUACUUGAUGAUACUUUUAUUGGGAAAGUCGAGAAUUUGUUGAAGAAAUUCGGGAUCCAUUACAAAGUUCAAGUACAAGUUCCGCCAGUUGGAUGUCAGUUGACCCUAGUGAGUGCUACCAUGCCCCAUGAGCUGCCGGAGUCCGUCAACUCAUUUGUAGAACCCCAGUCCUUGAGGACAAUAUCAACAACUAAUAUACACAAGUUACUGCCUCAUGUGCCACAAAAAUUCAUUCGUCUGGGUAAAGCACAGAAACCUGUAGAGUUGUUGAAAUUAGUACAAGCUGAUGUGAACCAAAAAAGACCUGUUAUGAUUUUUUCGAACAAAACAUCGACAUGUGAUUUUGUCUCAAUGUUUUUAAACGAAAAUAACAUAGAAUGUGUCAAUAUUAAUGGACAAAUGGCAGUUCCGUUGAAACAAGGAAAGUUUGAAUUAUUUAACAAUGGAUCAGUUAAUGUACUAUCUUGUACAGAUAUUGCUUCACGUGGAUUGGAUACAAUACGGACUCGUCAUAUAAUUAAUUACGAUUUCCCUUUAUACAUUGCUGAUUACAUUCACCGUUGUGGUCGGACCGGACGUAUCGGUUCCGCGAACGAUUGUGCGGUCACAAACUUUGUCGCCUGGCCGAGGGAGAUUAACGUAGUCCAGAAAAUAGAGACCUCUGUAAGGAAGGGUAAUGACUUACCCAACGUCAACGCGAACAUACGAAGACAGAUAGAAGAUAGGAUAGCUAGGAUGACUGGAGUUGGGAUUUAACACUUUGGAUGCCAUAUUUUUUAAUAAAGUAGGGUCUGGCAGUGUACAUGUUAAAAUAGAUGUAAGAAUAGAUUUUUUUGUAAUUGUUAACAAUUUAAGUGUUAAUAAAAUUUAAAUAGA